GAGAGAGAGAGAGAGAGAGAGAGAGAGAAGACAAACAACACUAGCCACUGUUUUAACAUGUUAUAGAAAAAGAGUCUGUCCAUUAUAUGACAUACUCUGUAAUAAUUUGCUUAAUCAAAUUGUCAGGACUGGAAAAUGAGCUCCAAAUGAAUAAAAGUCCUAAUGAAAGUCUGAUUCGGAGUGAAUCAAGAAUCAUUUGCUAGCAUUCCUGGUCUAUUAAUUAUUUCGGGAGGAAUUUGAAGAAUAAAAGCAAACCAAGAUGGCGAUGCAAAACCCUCCCACUGACCCAAGAGUGAUGCAUUUGGAAGCUUAUAAUAAUCUAUCAUUAAGGUUCAAACCAGAUAAGUGGUUCAAGAUGUUGGGAAGUGAGGAGUAUUUGAAUAUGCUGAUAGAAUUCUUUGAUAAGGGAGAUACAUUAGUCAUGGUGUUUACCAUGAAUCAAGCAGGACUGAUCAUUCCUUGCAUUGGCUUUCCAUCUGUCCUUAAGAGCAAAGGGUCUUAUUUUGUAAAAUCAAAUAAUGAACCUGUCACCAAGUUAAACUACCAGUCUCUGCUUCUCUAUGGAGACAUAAGUCAUACACCUGUGGAACAGUUUAUAGCUGUAGUAGAGGAGAUUAUUUAUUCUCUGUUCAACCAAAGAGAAAAUCUGAAUGGCUGGCCCCGGGUAGUCUCAGAAGAUAUAGUCCGACAAGCUCACAAAUUGAAGAAUGACAUGUUUGUGAUGGGAGGAAAAAUCAAAGGAAAAACUCUGCUUCCUAUCCCAGAGCACUUGGGCAGUUUAGAUGGUACAGCAGAAUCAAUGGAAAGCCUACCUCCAUCUACAGACAAUGCAUUGUUGCAUGCUAUUGAAACCAUAAUCAUAGACUGGUCUCACCAAAUCAGAGAUGUCUUGAGUAAAGAUUCAGCCCAACCUCUGCUAGAUGGAUUGCACCCCUUGCCACGAGUAGAAUUUGAUUUCUGGCAUGCCAGGCUGAUGAAUCUGAACUGUAUUCACGAGCAGCUGAACAGGCCUAAAGUGAAUAAAAUAGUGGAAAUUUUAAAGGAAGCAAAGAGUUGCUACUGGCCUGCACUUCAGUCUGUUUAUUCAGAUGUCAAUGAAGGACUGAAGGAAGCUAAUGAUAUUGUUCUCUACCUAAAGCCCCUACAGAUUUUAUUAGAGGAAAUGGAACAGGCCGACUACACUUUGCUGCCUAUCUUUAUUUCCAAGGUAUUGUUUACCAUCUGUUUUAUAUGGUCCAACUCUGAAUAUUAUAAUACUCCAUCGAGGAUCAUAGUCAUUUUGCAGGAGAUUUUCAACCAGUUCAUUGAAAUGACACGCAAUUAUUUAAGCCCUGAAGAAGUGCUGAAAGGAUUACAAGGUGAAAUAGAGGAAGUGUUGGUUGGCAUCUCACGUUCAGUGAAUAUUUUACAGGAGAUCUAUCAGACCUAUGAUUAUUGCUGUACCAACAUGGCUAGUUUCUUUAAGAAUGGCAAAGAACCAGUUCUAUGGGAAUUCCCAUCUACUCUUGCAUUUGCCAGAAUGAACUUAUUCUUCCACAGAGUCCAGACGAUAGAGGAACUAUAUAAAACAGCCAUUGAGUUCCUGAAGCUUGAGAAAAUUGAGCUCGGAGGAGUAAGAGGAAACAUCCUUGGACAUUUGGUAACACAAAUUUAUGAUGAAGUCUUUGAGCUGGUAAAAGUUUUUGCGGAAUGUAAAUAUGAUCCCUUGGAUCCUGAAGACUCGAGUUUUGAUGAGGAUUAUGCUGAUUUUGUGAACAAGAUUGAAGAUUUGGAUAGAAGACUGGCAACUAUAUUUUGUCAAGGAUUCCAAGAUUGUAAUUCCAUUGAAUCUUGUGUUAAGUUAUUAUACAUGUUUGGGGCACUUGUCGAACGGCCUCUAAUAUUGAUGGAAGUAGUUCCCAAGUAUAGUGUCUUAUUGCAUAUGUUUGAUGCUGAAUUGGAUAAUGGCAAAAUUUUAUAUGAUGCCCAGAUAUUGGCUACGAAAGAAGGAGGUGGUGUCCCACCAAUAAAUAUAAACAUGCCUCCCAUUGCUGGACAACUGAAGUGGAGCCUGGAGCUCCAGGAAAGGCUUCAGGCACCAAAGAAGCACUUCAAAUACAUUGACCAUCCGGUCAUGUCCAGUGCAGAGGCUGAGGUGAUCUAUAAAAAAUAUGAGGAGAUGAUGGCUUUACUUCAAAGCUACCGUCAAUCUAUUUAUAAGCAGUGGAUAGAGCGAGUGGAUGAAGACUGCCACUUUAACUUAGGACAGCCCUUGAUUUUGAGAGAUCCAACCACAGGCCUCAUCCAAGUGAACUUCAGCAAAGCGUUAGUGGCUGUUCUGAGAGAGGUUAAGUACUUGAACUUUCAGGAACAAAAAGAGAUCCCAGGGAGUGCAGAGACUCUUUUCUCUCAGAAUGAAACUUUUCGAAAAUUUGUGGGUAACCUGGAGCUCAUUGUUGGCUGGUAUAAUGAGAUAAAGACUACUAUUCAAAAAGUAGAAUUUCCACUGGUCAAGGCAGAAUUGGAAGCAAUUGAUGUGAAGUUACAGUCAGCUGAAACAACAUUGUUUUGGAAUGGCGAAGGUGUAUUUGAAUAUAUUCAAGAGAUGAGAGAAAUCCUAUAUGACUUAGAGACCAGGAUACAGAAAACAAAGCAAAAUGUGGAAGGAAUUAUUCAGAUUAUGAAUGAUUGGUCAGCCAACCCUAUGUUCGAAAGAAAGGACAACAAAAAAGAAACCCUUUUAGACUUGGACGGAAGGGUGAACAACCUUAACAAACGCUACACAGCAGUCAAAGAAGCUGGAGUGAAGAUUCACGGCAUGGUUGCAGAAAAUGCGGAAUUAUUUAGAGCUGACAUGACAAGUGAAUCUUGGAAGGAUUAUGUAGAUUAUAUCGAUAUUAUGGUCUUAGAAGGAUUUGAGCAAUUUAUUCGAAAAUCUUUACAGUAUCUUCUGAACAACAUGAUAACAGAUGAAGUUAUUGCUCCUCUGUUUGAAGUGAGGUUGGAACUAAAUGAAGAUGUCUUAACAUACAAUCCAUCUCUGGAAAUUGGAGUAGAUAAUGGCUUCUUGAAUCUAAUAGAGAGUCUGAUAAGUGACAUAUAUAACACUGCCAAACUGAUCCAACGAGUGGCAAAAGGCAAAUUGAGUUACAAGAGUGACCUCGAAGAGAAUGGAGAAUUGUUAGAAAUGAGGGAAGAUGUGACAAACCAAGUGUAUACUGCCAUGAAACAGGCUGAGGAGUAUCAAGAUUCCUUUGAGAAAUAUUCUUAUUUAUGGAUAGAUAACCUCCGUGAAUUCAUGCAGCUCUUCUUGACUUAUGGACACAUGUUCACACAAGAAGAGCUGGAUGCCCGACUUGAAGAAAGUCUCCCUAAGACGCCCCCAACUCUGCCACAGUUUCAACAGCAGAUUGAUUCUUAUGAGAAGCUUUAUGAGGAAGUCUCCAAAUUUGAGAACAGCAAAAUAUUUAAUGGUUGGUUACAGAGUGAUUGCCGUCCAUUUAAGCAAGCCCUUCUCAAUAUCAUUAAACGGUGGAGCCUUAUGUUUAAGCAGCAUCUGAGUGACCAUGUUACUAAUAGCCUGGCCGAUCUAGAAACUUUCAUGAAAGAAGCCAAAGCAGGUUUAACAAAGCCUCUAAAAGAAGGUGAUUAUGAUGGUCUUGUAACAGUCAUGGGGCACUUAAUGAAGGUCAAAGAGAGACAAAUAGCAACAGACCACAUGUUUGAACCUCUGAAACAAACUAUUGAACUACUAAAGACCUAUGGAGAGGAGAUGCCUGAAGAAAUACACACCAAGUUACAGGAACUACCAGAGCAGUGGACCCAAACAAAGAAAGUGGCUAUACAAGUCAAACAAAAUGUGGCUCCUCUACAGGCCAAUGAAGUGAAUAUAAUUAGAAGAAAAUGCCAGCAGUUUGAGCUCAAGCAGCAUGAAUUUAGAGAAUUUUUCAGACGAGAUGCCCCCUUUAAUUUUACAGAUCCUGCUCCCUACAAAUCCCUGAAUAAGCAACAAAAAAGCAUUGCCACUAUGGAAAGCAUCAUGGAACAACUUUCCAAGUCAGCUGGUUUGUUUGAAGUCACAGUCCCAGAUUAUAAACAACUUAAAGCCUGUCACAAGGAGGUUCGCCUAUUGAAAGAGCUCUGGGAUAUGAUCAUCUUGGUGAAUGCUAGCAUUGAUGACUGGAAGACUACCAAGUGGAAAGAUAUUAAUGUUGAACAGAUGGACUUUGACUGUAAGAAAUUUGCUAAAGAUGUAAGGAGUUUAGACAAAGAAAUGAGGCCCUGGGAUGCCUUUGUGGGGCUGGAUAACACUGUGAAAAAUAUGAUCACAUCCCUCCGAGCUGUAAGUGAGCUACAGAAUCCAGCCAUCAGAGACCGUCAUUGGCAGCAGCUCAUGCAGGCGACACAGGUGAAAUUUGAAAUGUCAGACCAAACUACUUUGGCAGAUUUACUACAGUUGAACCUACACAGAUUUGAAGAUGAGGUUCGUGGUAUUGUAGAUAAAGCUGUAAAGGAGUCUGGGAUGGAAAAGGUUUUGAGAUCACUGGAUAGUACUUGGUCUACUAUGGAAUUUGAACAUGAGCCCCACCCCCGAACUGGCACCAUGAUGCUGAAAUCAGAUGAAACUUUGAUUGAAACUCUGGAAGACAACCAAGUGCAGCUUCAAACCUUGCUGACAUCCAAGUAUCUUUCCCACUUCUUGAAAGAGGUGACAGGUUGGCAAAAAAAACUAUCAACAGCCGACUCUGUCAUUUCCAUCUGGUUUGAAGUUCAAAGAACUUGGAGCCAUUUGGAGAGUAUCUUCAUUGGAUCUGAAGAUAUUCGAGCUCAACUCCCUGAGGAUUCACAACGUUUUGAUGAAAUUGAUAGAGAUUUUAAGGUAUUAAUGGCAGAUGCUGUCAAAACACCCAAUGUUAUUGAAGCAACUAAUAAGCCAGGCCUUUUUAACAAACUUGAAUCUCUGCAAAAAAGUUUGGCACUUUGUGAAAAGGCUUUGGCAGAAUACUUAGAGACAAAAAGACUGGCUUUUCCCAGGUUCUACUUUGUAUCUUCUGCUGACCUGCUAGACAUUUUAUCCAAUGGAAAUGACCCAGUAGAGGUUGGCCGCCAUUUGUCCAAACUUUUUGAUAGUUUGUGUAAACUGAAAUUCCAACUAGAUGAAGAAGAGAAACCUAUUAAAAUAGCUGUGGGAAUGUAUAGCAAGGAAGACGAAUAUGUGGACUUUGAUAAGGAAUGUGACUUGUCAGGACAGGUUGAAGUCUGGCUAAAUAGAGUGCUUGACCGAAUGCAAGCAACACUCCGCCAUGAAAUUCCAGAGGCUGUGGUGACAUAUGAGGAAAAGCCACGAGAACAAUGGAUUUUUGAUUAUCCUGCCCAGAUUGCUUUGACGUGCACUCAAAUCUGGUGGACAACAGAAGUUGGAAUGGCAUUUGCAAGACUGGAAGAAGGUUAUGAAAAUGCGAUUAAAGAUUACAAUAAAAAGCAGAUCAGUCAACUGAAUAUUCUGAUUACGUUGCUUAUCGGGAAUUUAAGUCCAGGAGAUAGAAUGAAGACUAUGACUAUUUGUACCAUUGAUGUACAUGCCAGAGAUGUUGUUGCAAAGAUGAUUUUGGCCAAGGUAGAAAAUUCUCAGGCCUUCACCUGGCAGUCUCAGCUUCGGCAUCGUUGGGAUGAAGAAAAGAAACAUUGCUUUGCCAAUAUAUGCGACGCCCAAAUUAGAUAUUCCUAUGAAUAUUUGGGAAAUACACCUCGGUUGGUGAUCACGCCACUCACUGACAGAUGCUACAUCACUCUGACCCAAUCCCUCCAUCUGAUUAUGGGAGGAGCACCUGCAGGCCCUGCAGGGACAGGCAAAACUGAGACCACUAAAGACUUGGGCAGAGCACUGGGCAUUAUGGUGUAUGUCUUCAACUGUUCUGAGCAAAUGGAUUAUAAGUCCUGUGGAAAUAUCUACAAAGGCUUAUCCCAAACAGGAGCUUGGGGAUGUUUUGAUGAAUUUAAUCGAAUCUCAGUAGAAGUUUUAUCUGUAAUUGCUGUGCAGGUAAAAUGUGUCCAAGAUGCAAUUCGUGCCAAGAAGAAAAUAUUUAAUUUUCUUGGAGACAUGAUACGUCUCAUCCCCACAGUGGGCAUGUUUAUCACCAUGAACCCAGGUUAUGCUGGACGGGCAGAAUUGCCAGAAAACUUAAAAGCUUUGUUCAGACCUUGUGCUAUGGUUGUCCCAGACUUUGAACUUAUAUGUGAGAUCAUGCUUGUUGCUGAGGGCUUUCUGGAAGCUAGGCUUCUGGCAAGAAAGUUCAUUACUCUCUAUACCUUAUGCAAAGAGCUACUCUCUAAGCAGGAUCACUAUGAUUGGGGAUUGCGGGCCAUCAAAUCUGUGCUGGUAGUAGCUGGUUCCCUAAAAAGAGGAGAUCCCAACCGUGCAGAAGACCAAGUCCUCAUGAGAGCAUUGAGAGAUUUUAAUAUUCCAAAAAUAGUAACAGAUGACUUACCUGUGUUUAUGGGACUGAUUGGAGAUCUGUUCCCAGCUUUGGAUGUUCCUAGAAAACGCGAUCUAAAUUUUGAAAAGGUCAUUAAGCAGAGUAUUAUUGAGUUGCAGUUGCAGGCAGAAGAUAACUUUGUGCUGAAGGUUGUGCAGCUAGAGGAAUUACUCCAAGUGAGACACUCUGUGUUUAUAAUUGGAAAUGCAGGAACGGGUAAAUCCCAGGUCUUGAAAUCCCUCAAUAAGACCUAUCUGAACAUGAAAAGAAAAGCUGUUGCAGUGGAUCUUGACCCUAAAGCAGUCACAUGUGAUGAACUCUUUGGCAUCAUUAAUCCUGCUACAAGAGAAUGGAAAGAUGGACUUUUUUCCACCAUAAUGCGUGACCUGGCUAACAUAACUCAUCAAGGCCCCAAAUGGAUUGUUCUGGAUGGGGAUAUAGAUCCCAUGUGGAUUGAAUCCCUAAACACCGUCAUGGAUGAUAAUAAGGUUCUGACCUUAGCCAGUAAUGAGCGAAUACCCUUAAAUCGAACGAUGAGACUAGUGUUUGAGAUUAGUCACCUAAGGACAGCCACCCCAGCCACAGUAUCCAGAGCAGGAAUACUUUACAUCAACCCUGCUGAUCUAGGAUGGAAUCCUGUGGUUAAUAGCUGGAUUGAAAAACGCAAAGUGCAGUCUGAGAAAGCUAAUCUGAUGAUCCUGUUUGAUAAAUAUCUCCCCACAUGCCUAGACAAGCUGAAGUUUGGAUUUAAGAAGAUCACUCCUGUUCCAGAAAUCACAGUGAUUCAGACCAUACUCUAUCUCUUAGAAUGUCUUUUGACCCCAAAGAAUACUCCUCCAGAUUCCUCCAAGGAGCUCUAUGAACUCUAUUUUGUGUUUGCAUGUUUCUGGGCUUUUGGGGGAGCCAUGUUCCAGGACCAGCUUGUGGAUUACCGUGUUGAGUUCAGCAGGUGGUGGUUGAAUGAAUUUAAGACCAUCAAAUUUCCUUCUCAAGGAACCAUUUUUGAUUACUACAUAGACACAGAGAGUAAAAAAUUCAUGCCAUGGACAGAUAAAGUAUCUCCAUUUGAAUUGGAUCCCGACAUUCCAUUGCAGGCAUCCUUAGUCCACACAACAGAGACAAUCAGGAUUAGGUAUUUUAUGGAUUUAUUAAUGGACAAAAGAUGGCCAGUGAUGUUGGUGGGCAAUGCAGGAACUGGCAAGUCGGUCUUGAUGGGUGACAAGCUUGGCAGCCUCAACACUGAUGAAUAUGUGAUACAAUCUGUUCCCUUCAACUUUUACACAACUUCUGCCAUGUUACAAGCUGUUCUUGAGAAGCCAUUGGAGAAGAAAUCAGGACGAAACUAUGGACCCCCGGGCACCAAAAAGCUUAUUUACUUCAUUGAUGAUAUGAACAUGCCAGAGGUGGACAAGUAUGGAACAGUGGCACCUCAUACUCUGAUCAGGCAGCACAUGGAUCAUGGGCAUUGGUAUGACAGAAGCAAAUUGACAUUAAAGGAUAUUCACAACUGUCAAUAUGUUGCUUGCAUGAAUCCCACUUCAGGCUCCUUCACCAUUGACUCCAGACUUCAGAGACACUUUUGUGUGUUUGCUGUGAGUUUCCCUGGACAAGAUGCUCUGAUGUCAAUUUAUAACACAAUCCUUUCACAGCAUUUAUCCUAUCGAUCUGUCCCCAUGGCGGUUCAGAAAAUUAGUGCCCAAUUGGUCACUUCGGCACUUGCCUUGCAUCAGAAAAUCUCAGCAACCUUUCUUCCAACGGCCAUUAAGUUUCAUUAUGUCUUCAACCUCAGGGACCUCUCCAACAUUUUCCAGGGACUCUUAUUUUCUACAGCAGAAAUCCUCAAAAGUGCUUCUGACCUUGUACGGCUAUGGCUACAUGAAGCUGAACGGGUAUAUGGGGACAAACUCAUUGAUGAUAGAGACAAAGUUCUAUUAUAUAGACUCACUGUAACUUCAACCAAAAAACACUUUGAGGAAAUUGGUGACAACAUUCUAUUUGCCAAACCAAAUAUCUACUGCCAUUUUGCCCAAGGGAUUGGAGAUCCUAAAUAUUUUCCUGUUACUAACUUGGCAAAUCUGAAUAAACUACUAGUGGAUGCUUUAGAUAACUACAAUGAAGUCAAUGCAGUCAUGAAUUUGGUGUUAUUUGAAGAUGCGGUGUCCCAUAUUUGUAAAAUUAAUCGCAUCUUAGAGGCUCCCCGAGGAAAUGCCUUGCUGGUGGGAGUAGGAGGUAGUGGGAAGCAAAGCCUCUCCCGCUUGGCUGCAUAUAUUAGUGCCUUGGAUGUAUUUCAGAUUACCCUGAAGAAGGGAUAUGCAAUUCCAGAUCUGAAGAUGGAUCUGGCUGCUCAGUACCUAAAAGCUGCAGUGAAAAAUGUGCCCACUGUAUUCCUAAUGACUGACUCACAAGUAGCAGAAGAACCAUUCCUGGUGUUGAUCAAUGACUUGCUGGCAUCAGGAGAGAUUCCUGCCCUCUUUCAGGAUGAUGAAGUGGAGAAUAUCAUCUCUUCUAUGAGACCACAAGUCAAAGGUGUUGGCCUUCCAGAUACACGUGAAAAUUGUUGGAAGUUUUUCAUUGAUAAAGUGCGAAGACAACUCAAGGUUAUAUUGUGUUUCUCUCCUGUGGGCUCCACGCUUCGGAUUCGAGCCAGAAAAUUCCCAGCUGUGGUCAACUGUACAGCUAUCAACUGGUUCCAUGAAUGGCCUGAAGAUGCCUUAGUAUCUGUCAGUGCUAGAUUCUUAGAGGAAACAGAGGGAAUUGAGAAAGAUGUAAAAACCUCCAUCAGCCUUUUCAUGAGCUAUGUGCACACAACUGUUAAUGAAAUGUCCAAAGUCUACCUGGCUACUGAAAGACGGUAUAAUUACACAACCCCCAAGACCUUUCUGGAGCUGAUCAAACUGUACCAGAGCUUACUGGCUAAGAAAAGAAAGGAACUCAUUGCCAAAAUUGACAGGUUGGAAAAUGGUUUGAUGAAACUGCAGAGUACUGCUUCUCAGGUGGAUGAUUUAAAGGCCACAUUGGCUAUUCAAGAGCUUGAACUUAAUCAAAAGAAUGAGAAUGCAGACAAGCUGAUCCAGGUGGUUGGGGUGGAGACUGAAAAAGUCAGCAAAGAAAAAGCAAUUGCAGAUGAGGAAGAAAUUAAAGUUGAAGUCAUCAACAAGAAUGUCACAGAAAAACAAAAGGCUUGUGAAAUUGACUUGGCCAAAGCAGAGCCGGCCUUGAUGGCUGCACAAGAAGCUCUUGAUACUCUGAAUAAGAACAACCUGACAGAGCUGAAGUCCUUCGGCUCUCCACCAGAUGCAGUGGUUAAUGUAACAGCAGCAGUGAUGAUCCUUACCGCGCCAGGGGGCAAGAUCCCAAAGGAUAAGAGCUGGAAAGCUGCAAAAAUCAUGAUGGGAAAAGUGGACACUUUCCUUGAUGCCUUGAAAAAAUUUGACAAGGAGCACAUUCCUGAAGCCUGCUUGAAAGCAUUUAAGCCCUAUCAAGGCAAUCCCACCUUUGAUCCUGAAUUCAUUCGUUCAAAAUCAGCUGCUGCUGCUGGUCUAUGUUCUUGGUGUAUUAACAUUGUCCGGUUCUAUGAAGUCUACUGCGAUGUAGCACCCAAGAGACAGGCCCUGGAAGAGGCUAAUGCAGAACUGGCAGAGGCACAGGAUAAGCUCACUCGGAUCAAAAACAAAAUUGCUGAACUCAAUGCUAAUUUGGCCAAUCUAACAGCUGCCUUUGAAAAGGCUACAGCUGAGAAAAUAAAGUGUCAACAGGAGGCAGAUGCCACAAAUAGAGUCAUUUCUCUAGCUAACAGACUCGUAGGAGGAUUAGCAUCUGAAAAUGUCCGAUGGGCUGAAUCUGUGGAAAAUUACAAACAACAGGGAGUGACUUUGUGUGGAGAUGUCCUGCUAAUAUCAGCCUUUGUUUCCUAUGUGGGUUAUUUUACCAAAAAAUACAGGAAUGAACUGAUUGAGAAAUUUUGGGUUCCAUACCUAAAUCAACUGAAGGUUCCCAUUCCAAUCACGAAAGAUUUGGACCCACUAUCUCUGCUAACAGAUGAUGCGGACAUUGCCACAUGGAAUAAUCAGGGUCUUCCCAGUGACCGUAUGUCCACAGAGAAUGCCACCAUUCUAUGCAACACAGAGAGAUGGCCUCUUAUUGUUGAUGCUCAGCUACAAGGAAUCAAGUGGAUUAAAAACAAAUACGGGGAAGAUUUGAAAGCCAUCCGACUGGGACAUAGAGGCUAUCUGGACAGUAUUGAAAAAGCCAUCUCAGAAGGAGAUAUUUUACUCAUUGAGAAUAUUGGAGAGACUGUAGAACCUGUAUUAGAUCCUUUACUGGGCAGAAACACAAUUAAAAAAGGAAGGUACAUUAAAGUAGGCGAUAAAGAAGUGGAAUAUCAUCCCAAUUUCCGCCUAAUUCUUCACACCAAGUAUUUUAAUCCACAUUAUAAACCUGAGAUGCAGGCUCAGUGCACCCUCAUCAAUUUUCUAGUAACCCGGGAUGGAUUGGAAGAUCAACUUUUGGCUGCUGUCGUGGCCAAAGAGAGACCAGAUCUUGAGGAAUUGAAGGCAGAACUCACUAAGUCUCAAAAUGAAUUUAAGAUUGUCCUGAAAGAACUAGAAGACUCUUUGCUAGCCCGCCUAUCUGCUGCAUCUGGAAACUUCCUGGGAGACACAGCCUUAGUGGAAAAUCUGGAGACAACCAAGCGUACAGCUAAUGAAAUUGAAGAGAAAGUGAAAGAAGCAAAAAAUACAGAAAUUAAAAUCAACGAGGCAAGAGAAAACUACCGUCCAGCUGCAGAGAGAGCAUCCAUGCUCUACUUUAUUCUGAAUGAUCUGAAUAAAAUCAAUCCCAUCUAUCAGUUUUCACUGAAGGCAUUUAAUGUGGUCUUUGAAAAAGCCAUUCAGCGGACUAUGCCAGCUGAUGAGGUAAAGCAACGAGUGAUAAACCUGACAGAUGAAAUCACCUACUCUGUCUUCAUGUAUACAGCUCGGGGACUCUUUGAGAGAGACAAACUCAUUUUUCUGGCACAGGUUGCAUUUCAGGUUUUAUCAAUGAAGAAAGAAUUGAAUCCAAUUGAGUUGGAUUUCCUCUUGCGAUUCCCUUUUAAGGCUGGGAUUCCUUCACCGGUGGAUUUUCUAUUACAUCAAGGAUGGGGAGGGAUUAAGGUACUCUCAGAAAUGGAUGAAUUCAGAAAUCUGGAUAAUGACAUUGAGGGAUCUGCUAAACGGUGGAAAAAAUUUGUUGAAUCUGAAGCCCCAGAAAAGGAAAUAUUUCCUAAGGAAUGGAAAAAUAAAACUGCUCUUCAAAAACUCUGCAUGAUGAGGUGUAUGAGACCAGACAGAAUGACCUACGCUGUUAGAAACUUUGUGGAAGAGAAGAUGGGAACCAAGUAUGUGGAAGGACGGAGUGUUGAGUUUUCCAAGUCUUAUGAGGAGAGCAGCCCUUCUACCCCGAUCUUCUUCAUUCUUUCUCCAGGGGUUGACCCCCUGAAAGACGUGGAAACAUUAGGACAAAAGUUGGGAUUUACCAUCGACAAUGGGAAAAUCCAUAAUGUAUCCUUGGGACAGGGACAAGAGGUGGUGGCUGAAAAUGCUCUGGAUGUGGCAUCUGAGGAAGGACACUGGGUCAUUCUGCAGAACAUCCAUCUUGUUGCCAGAUGGCUGAGCACUUUGGAUAAGAAAGUAGAGAAGUAUAGCACAGGAAGCCAUGAUGAUUAUCGAGUAUACAUCAGUGCAGAACCUGCACCAUGCCCUGAAGUUCACAUCAUACCACAGGGCCUCCUGGAAAAUGCCAUAAAAAUCACAAAUGAGCCUCCUACAGGCAUGCAUGCUAACCUGCACAAAGCCUUGGACCUCUUUACACAGGUGCCAUGGGAUGAUCUACGCUACCUUUUCGGGGAAAUUAUGUAUGGAGGCCACAUCACAGAUGACUGGGACCGCCGACUCUGUCGGACAUACCUGGGAGAAUACAUUCGAACAGAGAUGCUGGAAGGAGAGUUGCUCUUGGCCCCUGGAUUUCUGAUCCCUCCUAACUUAGAUUACAAAGGUUACCACGAAUACAUAGAUGAAAACUUGCCACCUGAAAGUCCCUAUUUAUAUGGUCUGCACCCCAAUGCAGAAAUUGGUUUCUUGACAGUCACCUCUGAGAAGCUAUUCCGAACUGUUCUGGAAAUGCAGCCCAAAGAAUCUGACUCAGGAGCAGGAACGGGAGUAUCUCGGGAGGAAAAGGUCAAAGCUGUACUGGAUGAAAUCCUUGAUAAGCUCCCGGAGACAUUUAACAUGGCCGAAAUUAUGUCAAAGGCAGCUGAAAAGACACCCUACGUAGUAGUCGCCUUUCAAGAAUGUGAAAGAAUGAACAUCCUGACUAAUGAAAUGCGCCGUUCAUUGAAGGAGCUGAAUCUGGGAUUAAAGGGGGAACUGACCAUCACAACAGACAUGGAAGAGCUUUCCAAUGCACUGUUUUAUGACAAUGUGCCUGAUGCAUGGGUAACUCGGGCCUACCCCUCCAUGAUGGGUCUGGCAGCUUGGUAUGCUGACCUCAUUCUUCGGAUCAGAGAACUUGAGGCCUGGACAACAGAUUUUGCCCUGCCCACGACAGUGUGGUUGGCUGGCUUCUUUAAUCCCCAAUCCUUCCUCACUGCUAUCAUGCAGUCCAUGGCCAGAAAAAAUGAGUGGCCCCUGGAUAAGAUGUGCCUUGCUGUAGAAGUGACCAAGAAAACCAAGGAUGAUAUGACUGCCCCUCCGAGGGAAGGGGCCUAUGUCUACGGCCUCUUUAUGGAAGGGGCUCGCUGGGACACCCAAACUGGAGUCAUUGCAGAAGCUCGGCUGAAGGAGUUAACACCACCCAUGCCCGUCGUCUUCAUCAAAGCCAUUCCUGUAGACCGUAUGGACACCAAGAAUAUAUAUGAAUGUCCUGUCUACAAAACCCGAAUCCGUGGACCCACUUAUGUCUGGACUUUUAACCUGAAGACCAAAGAAAAAGCAGCUAAGUGGAUUCUAGCAGCUGUUGCAUUGCUCUUACAGGUUUAACUUUCUCCCUGCCACCCAUGAUCCCCUGUGCCAGAUUAAUGGCCUAACCACAACUACAAAUUAGAAACUCAGCUUCACAGCUUGUAUUUUUUUUUUUUUAAACAGGGCUCAAAUGGGGUUUUAGAAUUUGCUUUUUAUUUUUCUUUCAAAUAAUCAAGUUGUUUCUUGGCAAAGAACAAUCGGAUUAACUGGGGGGAGGAAAGGUAUCAGAUUAAAAUAUUAAUACCAA